AUUGUUUUCGGAAUGUGUAUGUUUGUUUUUAUUAUUAAGAGAUAAUAAUAUGGAGCAAAGAACAAUAUGAGGCCUCAAUUUGUGUUGUUUGGUUCUUCCAUUGUUCAAUACAGUUUUUAUCAAGGUUGGGGAGCUACUCUUUCUCACUUGUACGCUCGUAAGGCUGAUAUAGUUUUGCGAGGAUAUGCUGGUUGGAAUUCAAGGCGUGCUCUCAAAGUUGUCGAUAAGGUUUUUCCUAAGAAUGCCCCUAAGCAACCAGAAUUGGUGAUUGUGUACUUUGGUGGUAAUGAUUCUACACCUCCACACAAAAGUGGCUAUGGCCCUCAUGUACCAUUAGAUGAAUACAAAGAAAAUAUGAGGAAGAUUGCUCAACAUAUAAAGGGUUUGUCAGAAAAUACUCGAAUUAUAUUUCUCAGUACUCCUCCCAUCGAUGAAGCAAAAAUCAAAGAGAACAUGAAUGAAUUUGGACAACCCAUAAGGACAAAUGAAGAAUGUCGAAAAUAUUCAAAAGCUUGUUUAGAGAUGUGUCUCGAGGAGAAUAUCAAGGCAAUUGAUUUGUGGAAUUUAAUUCAGAGAAAAGAUAACUGGAAAAAUGUUUGCAUCUUUGAUGAUGGAAUUCAUCUAACAGCUAAGGGGAAUGAAAUAGUGUCAAAUGAGAUAUUGAAGGUCCUCAAAGUAGCUGAGUGGAAACCAAGUUUAUAUUGGAUGGAAAUGCCACCUGAAUUUGGAGAAGAUUCAUCAUAUGAUCCAAUUUCUUCCUUUGGAGUGAAAACAAAUAUCUCAAACAUACCUUUUCCCUAUCAUCUACAGUGGGACAACCCUUUUGUCUCAAAGUUAUAAAAUCCUUUGGAAAAUCACAUAAUACUAUGCUUCACUAAAGAGCCUAAGGAAGUAUGCUAUUUUUAGAUUUUAAUUACAUGUUCAAUAAUAAAAUGUGUGAUCAUAUAAUUUGACAUGGGUUUUCACCAUGAAUAGUGUGAACUUUUUCUCUUGAUUGUAAUUGAGCUGUUUUAUUUAGUGAUAGUAAAUGUUUGUGUUUUGUUUUA